GCCUAUCGUGGCAUGCAGCUGCUCGCUGUGGAUAAGCCAAAACAAAAACCCUCCUACCUUUACCUUAUACUUAUAUGCUAGACAUGUACAUUCGAUUCACCUUGUUCUUGACGUGCCACCCACCUAUACAACGGUUUACAUCCACCCGGUGCACUGUGUUCCACCUGAAUUGCUGCUGCUGCUGGAGAGAGGACUGGGGGUGGAUAAAGAAAAGAGAGAAAGAGGAAAAAAAGAGAAAGAAAAGGGACACGAAAAGAGCGAUGCACGUACUGCCCAGACUCGCACACAUUUCCGGCCGUCCGUCCGAGUUAGUUGUCAUCGUGAGUUUGUCGUCCACGCUUUUUCAUUCCUCGAUUCGUUUCACAAAAAAAUCUUUGGAAGCAGAUAAGAAAAUUGCUGCUGGAUGCUGAUCUGAUCUGUCCAUUUGAAAGUUUGGUUUUGGUUUUUCAAAGUGCGGCAUCAUCGCGGAUGGUUUGCGAAACAUCUAACAAUCGUGUUAUGGUAAAUGGUUUGACGAAAAAAAAAAUGAUGGUGAAAUGCUGAUCGAAGAGCUGGACGUUGCGCGAGAUUCACAGUCAUGUGGCGUGCCUACUAGACGUUCUGAUCAAUAACAUUUGAUUUCGCAUCGCUUUAAAACCCAUUGGCCUUGAAAACAACGAACUCUUACGCUAUCGUACUCUUCGAGUGCUCGUGUCUCUACUAUUUUUCAUUCCGGGCCGCUGUCAAGUGUCAUCAAUUGAUGUUUCUCUAAUGGUAACCGCAUUCGCCGAAUUCACGUUGGAACUCUGUCCGUAAACAAGGGCCUUCUUUUCGCUGUUCGCCAGAUUCCUAAUCAAGGCAACCAAUAAAAACCCAUCAAUAAAGAAGACAAAACAAAACAAAACGAAAAAUGUCUGUCGAAACGAGUGAUUUGACGAGUUUGAGUUGGCUGCACAAUCUCAACAUAAUGGACAAUCUGUCGUCGGUGAGCGGCACGGCGCCACCGACGCCACCCGCAUCGCCGCAGCCGGACCAUUUAUUAGGCAUGAUGGGUUGCAUGACGUCCGGCGGUUCCAGCCGCGGAUUGCUCACGUCGUCCAGUUUAUCCGCUCAUCACAUGAAAGACAACGGCGUCAGAUACGGCAAUCAUAACAGCAAACGUCCUUCGUCGUCGACAUCGUCGUCGUCGAUCUCAUCGUUGUCGUCUUCGACGUCGUCGGUGGCCGUUAUGAAGGAAGAAGAAAAGGAGAUCGACUACAAGACGGUGGGCGAUGUGAAACCGCCCUACUCUUACGCGUCGCUCAUUUGCAUGGCCAUGAAAACGAACAAACACAAAAUGACGCUCUCUUCCAUCUACAAGUGGAUCAAGGAGAACUAUCUCUACUACCGCAACGCAGAUCCCAGUUGGCAGAAUUCCAUCCGGCACAAUUUGUCUUUGAACAAAUGUUUCAUCAAGAUCCCACGUUCGAAAGACGAGCCGGGCAAAGGAGGAUUUUGGCGUUUGGACCCGGCGUUUGAGAGCAAAUUGGAUGACAAUUCGCUGAAGAAAAAACGAUUGGGGCUCGGAAUGAACAAGAAGAACAGCUCGAGGACCGCAGGUGGCCGAUCGGGCGCAAAUAGCAAGUCGAGGAAGAGCUGCGACCGGCAGCUGGAAGAGGCUUGCAUGUCCAUCAUCGACGAAAUGUCAAUGGCGUCGGUAGCCAUUUUGCCUCCGAUGGAGCACCAGUUUGGAUUGGGACCUACAGCUGAGUGUAACACCAAUGUCGACUUGUUCAACAACGCCACCUGGGGCGGAUUCCGCGAUUCGGAUCUCUUUUUCGAUCAGCUCUCCGUGCCCAGCUCCACGUCGGCUGCGGAUCCGACUGGCACCUUUUGCAACACGAACAGCACGGCCAGCAUUUCCGGCGGAAUCGAGUUCAGCCCAGUUUCAAUGCCGGCAUCAACGGAUAUUGACGAUGUGGAGGAACUGUUCGGUUGCUGUGCCGAAGAGAACAGCGACGAUUGUUCGUGCUCCGAUCUCCUGAUGACCGAUGCCAACGCUUCGCUGGAUCUGACCAUUUACGGACAAGGCAGCCAACAACCGCAACAAUCGGCUGAUUGCUGGAUCAAAUAUGUCGAUUAUCCAUCAACGUCGGAGACUGCGUUAUCCGUCGAGCCUUACUCUUACAGCGAUCUCAUUUUAGGAUUGAAUUUGCAUCAGCAACAGUCGCUGACGAUGGACAGCAACGUCCAAUAUUUCAAUCCGAGUCCAUCCGGCCAUUGGGAGAACGAGCUGGCAAAUGCGGCCAAUAAUCAUCGAGUCUUAUCCAUCCUAGAACCGGGAUUGGAUUUUGAAGGGCUCAUCGAUCUCGAUAAUUUGUAGAAUGGAUACAAACGCAAUAGGCCGUAAUCGCGUAUGAGUCAACAUUUCUGUUUGAAAACUGUAAAUUUGUGACGUGUUGUUCAUUUCGAUUGAACUCAAUAACAAUAGGAAUAACAUGCUGUGCAUAAUUCAAUUCCAAUUUUCUUGUGAAUCUGUUCGUCUGCUGACGUGUGCUGUGAUCCAGCACUAGACACGCAAUGCCAUCCACUGAAUAGCCGUCCUUCGUAGCGCACAUACACUAUGUAUUUGGCAGAUGUGAUUAUUUCAUCAUGCAGCCCGAUUCUUUAAUCCGUCCAAUGCCCGUAUAGCAACUGCUGUUUCAAAAUGAAAAACCAGCAAGAGCGCAGGCACAACCUUGAAAAUAAUGAUGACGUAUAAAUAUACAUUUGUGUAUCAUCACAUAGUCCCUCUAUUUUAAGAACGAUUGAAAAUGCAUAACCUUUUGAUGGGUCAUGUUCUUUCUUUGGAACGGAAUUGUAAAACUAACCCGUUUCUUUGGAUUCGUCUAGUCCACAAAGUGCUAAUCAAUUUGUGCUCGUUUUCAAACGUCAUUAUUCUUAAAUUUUUGUUUUCCCAUUGUGACUGAUCUUAUUAGAGGACGAAUUGGACAUUUGAAAAUAGCCAUGUCCCACAUAAAUGAACCUCCUGAUGAACCGAUGCUCUUUCUAAACAGCCAAUCGUAUACACAUAGUAAAUUUAACUUUUCCAGAAGUAUUUUAUUGCUCGAAAAUAAAUGUCUACAUUUUAAUUUUUCUGUAACUUUGACGAUGUUUUCCCAACUAAAAAUAACACGUGAGAACAACAAAAAUCGUUUUUAAAAAUUAGAAAAAAAAAAAACUUUCAUUCAAUUAUUCCUAUCGAUAAAUAUGAAAUUUCCCCAUUUAUACUUUUGGCUAAUAUAUACAGUAUAUAUAUUUUGUAUAUAAUACCCCACACAAAAAAAACAAACAAACAUAUUUCCCUUUUGAGUCAAUCCCUUCCCAACAUAUAUUUUGAUGCGCCACCCACCUCUAUAUAGAUAUACUGUAUAGGGUAGAACCAUCUAGUCUAUCCAAUAUACUUUCAGAUAACAAUAAAUACAUCACGAAUGAAUGGCCGAAAAAUUAGCGUCACAUUGAAUAUUCCAAUAUGAACAUCCAAUCUGCUGUCUUUUAUCUAUAUGACUACAUCCUUUGAUGGCAAAAUGAAACCCUCCUCAUUUUAAUCAUUUGUAUCACCAUUUUCAAACCCCUUCUCUAAAAUGAAAACUCUCCCCAAAUAAAAACAAUAAACAUAUAACAAUAGUGUGUAUGUGUGUGUGUGUGACUGUGUGUUUGUCUUUGUUGUUGACUUGCCAAAAAAAAAAAAAAAAUGACGAAUUUCGGAUGGAAAUAUACAGCGAGCUAAUA